AUGGUUGGAAGAAAUAAUCGUGUGAUUGUUGAUGCUUUGGAAUUAGUGGCUCAGGAACUACAUGGACAACAAAAUCAGGCUAUAUUUAGAGCACAGUUUUUGGAGAAGUACUUCCCUAAGGAUGUGCGCAAGAAUAAGGAGAUUGAAUUCCUUGAGUUAAAGAAGGGAAGUUUGAUGGUUGCAGAGUAUGCUGCAAAGUUUGAGGAGCUAGUGAAAUUAUGUCUGCAUUAUAAUAGUGUUGUUGUUGAUGUUGAUGACUAUGUCCCGAGAUCAAAUAAGUUGUUGGUUACCAUAGCAGAGUCCAAUCUACUCACUACAAGAGUAUUAGUAAGAAUAAAGGGAAAGGAUAGUUUCGAGGAAAGCCGUCAUCGUGCCAACGAGUGCUCCAGUGCUGAGAAGGAGUGUUACAAGUAUGGGAAGAUAUGGCAUCUCAUCGCUGAUUGUAAGGGUAAUGUUGUGACUUGCUACAAUUGUGGAGAGCAAGGCCAUAAAAAUACUAAUUACCAUAAACUGAGAAAGCUCAGGAUAGAGGAAAGUUCUUUACCUUGUCUGGGACGGAGACUACCAGUGCUGAUAUUGGAUUUAAAUUUAUCUUUUAUGGUUGGAAGUAUGGUGAUUGAUACCUCAGCCAAUGGUUCAAUAACUACUUCAUUGUUGGAGUUCAACUGUGUUCAUAUCAACUGCUUUGGAAAGAUUUUGAUGUUUCUGGAGAUAGGAGGAGAUGGAAAGUUGAUGUUUAUAUUUGUUAAGCAAGUAGAGGAAUUCUUGAAAGAAGAUUCAUAG